CUUUAAAUACGAAAAACUAGUAAACCACUGUCAUUACUGUGGUUGGAUUGGUCAUUUGGAUAGAGAGUGUUCAAAAAGACUGGAGGAUAUCCGCUCAAACUCAGUCAAGGAAGGACGAUUUGGCGAUUGGAUGCGGGCCACUGAAAGCCGACAUUGGGCUGGGACUAACAAUGCAGGAUCUCAAAGCCCACCAAGAGCAGCCUCAGUCUCACCUCCAACUCCAGUCAAUACCCCUACAUCCCCCCUCAGUCAAGACAAUGCCAGUAAUCAGCUAAUCCCCUUACCUGCUUCAUCUUCCCACCAUAAAUUCCAAACCUCGGCUGCAUCCUCUUCUCUUCAUACUUCAACUCUGAAAACCCCAAUUCCUACUGAAAAACUACCUUCUACCAGUCUCACAAUCCCAGAACAAACUCUCCCACAUAAAACCCCAAACGUUGUCCUAGAGAUUUCUGAUAUGGAAACAGAACAAGCUCUUUCAAAUUCUCUCAAUAAGGAAAUAGUCCCAGUCCAUGAUUUGCAUAAAGCUAUUUCCAAAACUUGGAAAAGAUCAUCAGCUAGAACUG